AAUACACGAUGUCUAAUUUGAAUUUGUUGUAUAAACAUCCACAUAAAUUAUAAAUGAAUCUAAAUUUAUAAAUCAUUAUUUACUAAAUCUAAGAUAAUUUUCUUACCCCUUAAAAAUAUUGAAAAUGUUAAAGAUAUUUUCUUUUGUAAGAAAUCAAAAAGCUUUAAAUUGCGACUCUUUAAUUAAGAGGCAUUAUGCAGUAUCUAGUAAAGGAAAAAUUCUAGUUGGUGGUGGAACAGGGUUUACUGGACAACGUUUAAAAACAUUUUUGAUUGAGAAUAAUUAUGAUGUAAUUAUUCUUUCAAGGAAUAAAAAAAAUAGUGACAAAACUCUUUCUUGGGAUGAUUUAAUUGAAAAAGGUUUACCAAGUGGUACAAUUGCAGUUAUCAACACGGCUGGAGAACCUAUAAUGAACCCAUUUAAAAUGUGGAACGAAAAUUUUAAAAAAGAAUUAUGGAAUAGUAGAAUUAAUACAAAUAAAUUUAUUGUAAAUGCUAUUCAACAGACUGUAGAGAAACCUAAAGCAUUUAUUGUAUUUUCAGGGGUAGGAAUUUAUCCACCAUCCAGUACUAGUGUCUAUGAUGAAAAUUAUCAUCCUAUAAAAGAAUUUGAUUACUUCUCAAAAUUAGUUAUUGGCAUAGAAAAAAGUGCCAAAGUAAAUUUAGAUUCUGUGCGAUCCAUUGCCAUAAGAUCAGGAGUUAUACUAGGAAAAAGUGGUGGUUUAGUAAAGCAAUUGUAUCCAUCUUUCCUUUUUGGUCUUGGAAGUGAAAUUGGAAGUGGAAAACAAUACUUACCUUGGAUUCAUAUAAAUGAUAUUUGUCGUUUAGUUAUUUUUAGUAUUGAAAAUAAUACAAUUAAUGGAGUACUAAAUGGUGUUGCUCCUCAGACAAUUACCAACUCUGAAUUCACCCAAAGUUUUGCUAAAGCAUUGAAUCGACCAGCUUUUUUUAAACUUCCUGGAAUUCUAUUUAAUUUAGCAUAUGGACCAGAAAGAGCAACUAUGGUUCUUGAUGGUCAAAAUGUUAAACCAAAGAAAUCACUAGAAAUGGGGUUUAAAUUUGAUUAUGAUACUAUAGAUAAAGCAAUGAAGCAAAUUGUCAAUGAAUAAUUUAGCUCUUUAAUUAACUUCACUACUAUGAGUAAAUUAUGAUAAUGUUUUUUUACUAGUCUGAGAUUCAUUUCAUUUGAAUUUGUUGUGUGAUUAUAAUACAUGUAAUAAAUUAAUACUGUAAUAUAUUAUUUUUAUUUACA